AUGUUCGGCAGUUUUAUAUUCGCGGGCCUAGCCAUCCAGAUUGCAUGGGCAGAAAAAGUAGCAGAACGUGCGCGGGAAGCUCACUGCGCGAAUAACGCCAAUUGUGCAGCAAACGCAUGCAACGUUCUGAUCGGUGGUAAAUUGUAUUGCUCUCAAUGUAACACAGGAUUUGUUCCUAUCAAUGGAAAAUGUGUAGGCAAAGAUGAUGUAACAGAUAAAUGUACAGCUGCCGAUGGAAAUACUGCAUCUGAUGAGACCUGUGCAAAGUGCGCUGGUCAGACUUUUAUGUACAAGGGCGGGUGUUACGAACAAGCUAUUGAGCCUGGCAAUGUGAUGUGUGGAGGAGCAGCUGGUGGUAAGUGCACACAGGCUACGGAAGGAUACUUUCUACCGCCGGGCGCUGAUAAUGCGCACGACUCGGUUGUUUCGUGCGGAGAUUCGAUAGGCGUGACGCUUACUGGCAAUAAGAAGUACACGGGCGUGGAUGGGUGCACUGCCUGUGACGGAUUACAAUUAACGGUAGAGGCCAGUGGAGUUGCUAAGUGUACUGCGUGCGGCCCUGAUGCGCAGCAAACCGCGAGGAUUGUUAAGACGGACGGCGACGUGACGUCGUGUGUGACGGAACAUGAGUGCACGAGUACUGCAGGCUUCUUCGUCGAUGCAACAGGCAGUAAAAAAUGCACCAAGUGCGCUGAGACAUGCAAGACCUGUGAGACCGAGGCUACGAAGUGCACCUCUUGCAAUGAGGACAAGCCGUACCUAAAGAAGGCGCAGUCACAGGAUCAGGCAGGCGAGUGCGUGACUGAGGAAGCGUGCACGAGUGGAAACACCCACUACGCCGACGAUGAGGAGCCGAAGACGUGCAAGCCGUGCACGGCAGGAACGUUUGAGAACUGCAAAACAUGCACCAAAAGUGACACCUCCGUUACCUGCACAGCGUGUAAGGAAAAUAUGGUAUUUGGACUCGGAAAGAAGUCGUGCAUUAGUAGCUGCCCUGAUAACUCAGAAGCCAAGACCGAGAAUACUUGCACGUGCAAUGAUGGAUUUAAACUUGACGAAGAAGAAACACAAUGCGUGCCAAAUGAUUCCCCUUCAAAUCCAUGCAGUACUCAGGAUUGUAAGGCAUGCAGUGGUGCACAAACAAACAAAGAGAUCUGCACCGAAUGUCUGUCCAACAAGUAUCUGACGCCAACAAACCAGUGCAUAGACCACUGCGAAUAUAUUCUAGGCUACUACAGUAGCACAGAGGGCAACAAGAGGGUCUGCAAGAAGUGCGAGGUCGCCAACUGUCUCGCGUGCAGUGAAAAUGGCGGGUGCGGUCUCUGUAAGGACGGCUUCUACGGCGAAGCGUGCUCCCCUUGCGAUUCCAGCUGUAAGACAUGUAGCGGAAAUACUGCCAAUGAUUGCACAAGCUGUAAGUCUGGAAGCGCGCUCACCUACGGAUCCACAGGAAACACUGGCACAUGUGGGGCCGAGUGCGCGGCGGGCACAGGCACAGGCAAGUGCAGGGAGUGCGGUCUGACUGUUGAGGGGACAAAAUACUGCUCUGUCUGUAGUCAAAACAACGAGUAUCCCCAGAACGGCGUCUGUGCUGUUAAAACCAGUCGCACAGAUAAGUGCAAAGAUGGAAGCAUUACUGGUGGCGUGUGCAAUGUCUGCGCAGACGGCUUCUUCAAGAUGAACGGCGGCUGCUACUCCACCAGCCAGCUUCCGGGGUCGACAGUGUGCUUGAGUGCGCAGAGUACAGGCGGAACCUGCAAGACUCCGGAAGAAGGAUUUAGCCUGACAGGCGAGAGCCUUGUGGCUUGCUACACUGGGUGCGCUGAGUGCACCACCACUAGGGACUGUUCUAGGUGCAUGGACGGAUAUGUGAAGGUCGGCAGUGCCUGCACGAAAUGCCACGAAAGUUGCUACACCUGCGAAGCCGAUGCUACUACAUGCAAGGUAUGUACUCCUGGAUAUUACAAGGAGAGUAGUAGUAAUGGGCCGUGCAGAAAGUGCUCCGAGGGGCUGGCUGGAUGCAGGCAGUGCGCGACACCUGUUAACGGCAAGUUCAUAUGUUUCGAAACGGAUGAUAAUACCGGCGACAAUACUGGCGGAAGCACGAAUAAGAGCGGGCUCUCCACGGGGGCCAUCGCGGGCAUCUCCGUCGCAGUCAUCGUCGUCGUUGGGGGCCUCGUGGGCUUCCUCUGCUGGUGGUUCAUAUGUAGGGGCAAGGCGUGA